AUGCGUAUUCAUCAGUAUAGUGUACAGUUCGCGGAUACGACGUUUCGACUGACUCCAGUUGACAAACGCCGCUAUUUCUGGGAGACGGUUCAGAAUACUCCCGAUGUGUUUCCGAAACCUUUUGCUGUCGCUUUUGAUGGAGACGCGAUCAUGUUCACCGUUGAUAAGAUUGAACUGCAGGAAUCUAAAUCACAGUUUACUCUGGUAACCAUGAUUCCACGCGGACGCAGUGAAGUAGAGUUGCAGAUCGAAUUUAAGUAUGUAAUGGAAGUAUACAUGAAUUUCAAACUUGCGCGUCCGAUGGAAAUAUGCGACAGAUCGAUGCUGCCAAUACAAGCUUUGGAUAUCAUUAUGACUCAGGGAAGGGCGGCAGAUUCCUUUUUUCCAUUCCGAAAUGUUGCUUACCAAAUUCCAAAGGGAGGAGGAACGUUCAGUUUGGGGGGAGGCAAAGAAGUUUGGCAUGGUUUGUUCACAUCCUGUCACAUCGCAAACGCAUUUCGCCCACUGGUCAAUAUUGACGUGACUCAUGCAGCGUUCUUUAAAUCACAACCAGUCCUGUAUUUCAUGGCGGAAGUACUAUCAACCGAUUUCCGUACCGAUUUUGACGUGAAUCGAUUAGAUCGCAGGUCUUCGUUAAACCCGCAAGAGCUAAGCAUUUUUAGAAAGAAUAUUAAAGGGCUGACGGUUUAUGAUACACAUCGGGGGAAAAUUCGACGGCAUACGAAAGUGAGGGAUGUCGUCAUUUCCGCUGCAAACGAAUACUUUGAUGGAGAGAAUGGAAAAUUAACAGUUGCGCAAUAUUUCAAAGAAAAGUACAAGGAACUUCAGUUUCCUUGUAUGCCGUGCGUGGUAUGCGGAAGCGCUAAAAAGCCUAUAAUACUUCCUGUCGAGAUAUGUUAUAUUGCCGAAAAACAAAAGUCUUCCAAAAAGCUUGCUCCGGAACAGACGGCCAACAUGAUCAAGGUGCUUGAUGAUGUUUAUAAUUUUCUUGUAUCCUCUUAA